CCAACUACACACUGCCACAAGGUUGUAGUAUAGUGAUCGCCCCACUCUCCACCCACAUGAACCCAGCUUUGUACCCGGACCCGGAAAAGUUUGACCCAGAAAGGUUUACGGCAGAGGCAGUUGCUGCGAGACAUCGCUACGCCUACAUUCCCUUCAGUGGGGGUCCACGGGGCUGCAUUGGAUCAAAAUAUGCAAUGCUGUCCAUGAAAACUACAAUAUCUGCUAUUCUAAGAAGCUACAAACUCUUCACGGAUAUUAAAAUGGAAGACAUCAAACUAAAGAUAGAUUUGUUGAUGAGGAGUGUGAAUGGAUUCCCGAUUCGACUUGAACGUCGUAAAUCAGAGUUUACGUGAUCAACAUUGUAACUGUUACAAUGUUAAAUUUGUAAAUACUUCCAAGACUUUCUGGUAGAGCAUCAUAUUAAUUUAUUUUGACAUGUUUCCAGAGUAUAUCAUCCAUUGUGACAUUGUAUGUGAUUUUCUAUCAUUACGGUUGAACAAGUCGCUAGGUUAGAUAAUUUUGAUUGUAACAAUUAGUAUUAUUUUUAGUAUUUUGAUGAUGUGAUAGACGUUGCAUGAUGUGUAUGUUAUUUUUAUACUGUACAUAUUUUUCUAGUUGCUUUAUGUUGUUGAUUUAGUAAUUUUUAUUAUUAUUUAUGAUGUGAGAAGACACUCCUUGAAUGUUAAAAGAAUUAUUUGCAAAAAGAUGGUUUAAUGGUGUUGGAUGAUUUUUUCACUAUCUGUAUUUACAGAUUUGUAUGUAGUACAGAAUAUUACAGUAAAAGUGUUAUUUAUUAAUGAUUAAUGAUAAGAUUAAGUCAGCCGUCUCAGUAACAGAAUAUUGUAACUACAGUGAAUACCACAACUGUUAUUAAACACAUAAUUUAGCCAUGUUAAAUCUAAUUAUUACUAGGUAAUUUAUGA